AUGUCUUGUGCAAUGACUGUCGACGCGACUUUGAAAUCGAAUCUGAAUAUACAGAUACAUAUAUAUACGAUGGACUUGUUUAGUCAUUUGAAUUGGUAUAGAGGAACAAGGGAUGAUGGCGCACCCCUCAAGUGUAUACCGCCAGGCAAGCUUAUUGCGGUGACAGAUACAUUGGAGGCCGAAGGCUCAUUCAUUAUACAUGAUGUAUUGCAAUCGAUUAGUAAGCGUGAUGAUAUGGCAACUUGCUUGCUCGGUCUACAUCAGAGUCUGUUUCACUAUCAUAGUGUUGGCAGGAAGCUCGGCUACAACCUGACGAACGAGCAUCAGAAGGGCCGCUUCUCAUUCAUCAAUGCACUGCACAACUCAUACUCGUGGAUCGAUCGCUUGCAGGCUGAGGCGUUGGAGGAGGCCGGCAUCGACGAGGCCGGUCCACUCGACAACAUAUCCAAGGGCUUUCAGCCAUUCCCCACGAGCACCAUAUCGAAGCAUCAAGGCUCAGUCAGUCAGUUCCUCAACGAUGUGUUCAACGCCUUUGUCAAUGAUCAUCAGGCAAGAGUGGCAAAGAUGGCAUCAACUGGCAGUGGCGGUAACAUGCAGACAUUGUUCAUCAUUGACAACUUGAACCUUUUGAGCAGCUUUGGUGGCUGUCGCGAUCUGGACUUGUUGCACUUCUUGCAGACCCUGCACACAUAUGUCGGCGAACAGGGUGAUUGCAGUGUACUGUUGCUCUUCCAUUCAGACUGCAACGUUGACGACACAUUCUUCAAGUUGCUUCAAUACGAGGCUGACCUUACGAUAAACAUUGGUGGUCUCAAGUCUGGUUACUCAAAGGAUAUAGAUGGACAGAUUGAGUUCCUUCAAAAGAUGGAUGAUAAUACAUUGCAUAGAUUGAGUCCUAUACUCUAUCAGGUGUUGGACAACAAUAUUAGGUACUUUGCCAUGGGUUCUAGGAUAUAG